UUCGCUCUUUUCUCUGCAUCCAAAAAAACAUGAAUGGUGAACAAAACAGAAUACAUAAUAAACAAAAAUUGAUUUAAUUUUAAUUUAUUAAUUUCGUUCAAUUGUACUCCGGAGAGCAACGACAGUCCAGCCCAAGCGUUUAGUUUCUGUAUCUCUUUUAACAAUAUUAUAAAAAAAGCAAUAAUUUUAUGUGAUUGUAGAAUCUAUUUCUAAAGUGCCACAUGUUUACAUAUAUCGAUUACUAAUUUGUUCAUCAUUGUGUGAGACACACAUUGCCAACGGGUCAUCAAAAAGAUAAAAAAAAAACAAAGUCGCCAAGUUCAAUUGAAUUUAUAUUGUAAAAAGACACACUGUCAAUUAAAACGUGUUAUUCGCCAUAGCAAAAAUACUUCGAAUUGCAAAGAAAACUACAUUGCUUAACCAAAACAUGGCAUUUACAACGAAUACAAAUGAAUCGAAUUCCAUUCCGUAAAGGAUAUAUGGAUAUUCAAUGGAACGAAAUUCAAUUAACAACAUAACUUUUCUGUAUUCCACGAAAACAUUGAAGCAAUCAACGAAACAAAAUGGCAUUUAAAGAUUUGCUCAUCGUUCGAAUCAUUGCCAGUAUUCCAUUGAAGAUCUGGACUUCAUCAACUGCAGCACUUCUGACAUGUUUUAUCGUAUAUUGCUUUUACGGUUAUCUUAUAGCAUUACUUCUAUUCACUUCCACUGUAUUAUUUGUUUUAUAUCAUGUUCAAGAUAAUUUAUUGUAUCAUCCCGAAGUUCCACAACAUUCACGAAUCUAUGUGCCAAUGCCAUCAAUGUACAAAAUGCCAUUUGAAACAAUUCAUAUUCGUUCUAGUGACAAUGUCAUGUUAAAUGCCUUUUGGAUUAGACAUCCCGGUCAAAAUGGAAUGCUUGUACCCACCAUUGUUUAUUUUCAUGGUAAUGCCGGAAACAUGGGGCAUAGGUUACAAAAUGUCACCGGCUUGUAUUUCACUUGCCGUUGUAACAUUUUGUUGGUGGAUUAUCGAGGCUAUGGGCUCUCGACUGGAUCGCCAACUGAACGGGGAUUGCGGGCCGAUGCUCGAGCUGUAUUUGAUUAUUUGUUCACACGACACGAUAUUGAUUUGAAUCAAAUUUGUAUUUUUGGCCGUUCCCUAGGCGGCGCAAUCGCAAUUGAUUUAGCCUCUGAUCCGGAAUAUAAUCAACGAAUCAUGUGUGUUAUUCUUGAAAACACAUUUACAAGCAUUCCAGAUAUGGCAGCCGAAUUGAUUCAUCCCGGUCUAAAGUAUUUACCAUCAUUUUGUUUUAAAAAUCAGUAUAUGUCUGCAUAUAAAAUUCACUUCUUUUCAACGCCGUGCCUCUUUGUAUCAGGUCUGGCUGAUACCCUUGUUCCGCCACGUAUGAUGAGUCAUUUAUAUUCAAAGUGUGGAAGUUUGCGUAAGGAAUUGUUACAAAUAGCAGGUGGCACACACAACGAUACAUGGACUGGAAGUGGAUACUACAAUGGUUUGAUCCGAUUUUUGAUGGAAUGCAAAGAGCAACGAGGCCCACUCCAGAAACCGCCUACUCGAAACAAAGAAGACUGGCCAAAAAUAGAAGAAGUCUAAGUAUCUCUAGUAAAAGUUAAUAUUUAGAUAGGAAUUGAAUGUUAAAUUGUAUCGAUACCAUGUAACCAAAAUGGUAAUAUUUAACACUAACAAUUUAAGGGCUACUUAAUAUCCAUAUACAUGUAAAUGAAAUCGAUUUGAUUUGAGUGAAGGAUAAAGUAGCAAAGAAAUUUCAUUACUAGUAAAAAUGGCAUCGUGAUACGAAUGGGCAAUUGAGUGAUUUGAUUUGUGCUUUGCUGUUGAUGAAAAUCGGAAAAGUGUGCCUUUGCAUUUUAAUUAAAUAUUCAGUUCAGUUUGUGUUUUUAAAAUAAUUAUGAGUAUUGAGUACACAAAAAUUUAAGUUGGCUUUUAAAAUAGACUGAUCAGUAUAUGUACUAUGUGAAAAUGUAAAUUGGAUCUUCUCUGUUAAUGACCUAGUUAAUCAAAUAGCUCCUAAAACUGUUCAAAUUAAGAUUUAUUUUUAAAAAGUUAGAAUAAGCUCUCUUCCAUGAGUUUUCUUUUUAUUUAUACCUCUGCCAUUAAAAAAACACCUCACAUAUUGAUUUUUGAAAAUGAGAUUAAUA